CCGGUGGGCGGGGCUUCGCUGUAGCGGUAGUGGAUUUGAUCCCGUUUGACAGAAUUAUGUUUUAGCUGUUUAUACGUGCGAAUACAGUCCAAGACUGCUCACAGAUCAAACUUAAGCAGUCUCGUUCUGCUUCUUCUUCUGGAGCACUAAAGUCAUGGCAGCAAACAAGAGCAAAACCCAGAGUUCGCUGGUUCUGCAUAAGGUGAUCAUGGUGGGCAGCGGCGGCGUGGGGAAAUCAGCCCUGACGCUGCAGUUCAUGUAUGACGAGUUUGUGGAGGACUACGAACCCACGAAGGCCGACAGUUACCGGAAGAAGGUGGUGCUGGAUGGAGAGGAGGUGCAGAUUGAUAUUUUGGAUACGGCGGGGCAGGAAGACUACGCCGCCAUCAGGGACAACUACUUCCGCAGUGGAGAGGGUUUCCUUCUGGUCUUCUCCAUCACAGAGCCCGAGUCCUUCAGCGCCACGUCAGACUUCAGGGAGCAGAUCCUGAGAGUGAAAGCGGAGGAGGAUAAAAUCCCUCUGUUAUUGGUGGGGAAUAAGUCUGAUUUGGAGGACAGGAGGCAGCUGUCUGCGGACGAGGCCCGGACCAAAGCGGACGAGUGGUCUGUCCAGUAUGUGGAAACAUCAGCCAAAACCAGAGCGAACGUCGAUAAGUUCCGCUCUCGGCCAGCAGAG